UUCUCAGCGCUUCAUUCAUCCGGUCAUCUCAUGGAUCGCUGCGCGGGGCCUGGGGACCUGCAGUCCCGUGAUACAGUAGAGAACGGCCCGGUAACCGCAGGGGGUGGAGGAGCCGCUCCAGCACCCGAAAAGCCUCCUUAUUCGUACGUGGCUCUCAUUGCAAUGGCCAUCAGAGAAAGCGAGGAUAAGAAGCUGACCCUGAAUGACAUCUACAGCUUCAUUGUAUCCAAGUUCCCAUACUACGAAAAGAACAAAAAGGGAUGGCAGAACAGCAUCAGGCACAAUCUGAGCCUCAACGAGUGUUUCGUGAAGAUUCCCCGGGAGAACGGCGGGGAGAAAAAGGGGAACUUCUGGACGCUGGAUCCGGCUUUCAACGACAUGUUCGAAAAAGGCAAUUACAGGCGCAGGAGGCGCGUCAAGAGACCCUACCGACCACCACCCUUACCUUCUGGAUUUAACUUCACCGACUCGUACUGCCUGCAACAGGAGCCUGUUUACUGGCAAAGCCCGUUCGUCAGCACCAGUUCCUGGAGUCACCAGUCCAGCUCCCCGACGCACAUCUCCGGCUACCUGCAGCCCAUGCUCGGUAACGCGCGCCCUCUGUCUCCAAACGAUUACGCCAAUUCUCCCGUGAGUUAUUACCAGGGUCAUCACCAUCAUUUUCACCCGUCCUACAGACCGUACCACCGGCAUCCGAACGCUCUGGUGCCCCUGAGCGGCAUGACUCCGCCGGUGAGCCCGGGCGGAAGCUCCAUCUCCACCUGCAUCUACCCGCCGCAGAACAGCCACCCUGAACUGCUACAUCAUCCAUUUGACUGAUGGACAGACAUGUGAGAACGGAAUAUAAGUAGGCUAACAGUUUCAUUUGGAUUUAGAUUUAUUUUUGUUACGAUAAGCCUGGGAAAUGUUAGGCUAAACGUGCCGUUUCAAGUCAAGCUGAUUGAAAUUAAGUCCAAAUGCUGCAUUCGUUCGUUCAAAUUUGUUUUUCACAGGACCGGCUGCAUUAGUUUGAUUACUGUAGAAUACAGUAAUGUGUCUUUUGUGGCUUUUCAUAAAUAAAACAUUGAUUAAUUAUUGUUAACUUCAAAGACGAUGAGCUGUUCAGAUGCUCUUGGUUAUUGGCAAGUUAUUAGUUUCCAUAAAUUUCAGCAAAUGUGUAAAGAAAGCAUUAAGGUACUUAAGCAUAUUUAUUUUUAUCAUAUAUUGAGAUGUACUUUGGAUUCAAGAUCCUAAAAUGGAUGUACAGUUUUGCAUUGCAGUUUACUGUUUAAAAAUGUUGUUGCUUAUUUGGUGGAAACUCUUUGCACAAGUUUGUUUUUUUUCUUCUUUUUUACAAGAGUUCUUUACACAUGCAAAGCUGUAUUUUCUUUAAAGAGGUUUUGUAUAUUGAAUAGACAUGUUUAGUGUUAUAUUCCUGGAAAUAUUUUUAUAUGUAAAUGUUCAUAACCUGUUCGAAUUUUUCACUGAUAAAAUUCAGAUAACUGGU